CAUGUCAAGUGUGGGAAGAGCCCCCCGGAAAAGCACCAGCGUCAAGAUGGCGAUCCAGAAUGCCGAAGAAUCGUCACCUCCGCCGAUAGGCCGAGUCACGAUACCCAAAGUGCCUCUGACCAAGAAAAGUAAACAGAAGGAACCUCUGGCUCUGAUUAGAAGGAAGAUGAUUGCCAAACACCAGGAAAUCCAGGAGAUUACCAUUCUUGGCUGCGGAGAGGACACUUUCCACGCUGAGGAAAGCCCACCAGUCAUCCAUCCGCCCGAAGACCCCCUACAGGAGGACGAGCUGUGCGUGAGGUUCCAGGACAACGAGGUCGCGACCCAGACGGCUCCUGUUUAUUGCUUCAGCACCUUGGAUGAGGUCGUUGAGUUCCUGAACGGGUGCAGUAAGCCAGACGACAGAAGCCCCCAAGGCAUGUCCCCACCCGAUGACCCUCCUGAUGAGCCGGGUGGGGGAGAGGAGGUUCUCUCAAAUGCCAAUCACAUGCACACUUUAAAGUCAGAGAGAGGAGAGAACAAUGACAAUGAUGAUGAUGAUGACGGCCAACCGUUAGGCUCCCAUCUUUUCUCCAACCCUACUGUGCCCUAUGCCUCUCCCUCCAGCCCGUCCUGCUUCCUCGUGGUCAAACGGCGGCGGAAACAACGUUUUCACUGUGACUGGCAGGGCCCGGUGACCGUCAUAAGCUCUCCGAAUGUACCGGUCCAUGCCUUGGAGCUGCGGGUCGACGAGGAUCUGGCCAUGUCUAUCCGACGACAGGUGGAUGUCAACAACCCCGGACCGUUUGGCUGGCAGCUGGCCAAGCUACUGUUCACCGAGGAGGAACUCUACGGCCACAACUUCAACGGCACUGAUCAGAAGUUGCCCCUCAGUCCGAGGCGAGUCCAUGCCAUUCAGCACGCCUUCCACGACUACUUUCCCAAAGACAUUGCAGACGAGGCCUUGGCCAAAGGCAGAACGGCCAUCAACCAGGGCAUCAGGAACAUGUUUUACGUCCGUAACCGUAGAGACGGGGACUGCGCUUGAGUCGGACUCCUACGCAAUCCUACGUGCGAGUGUUUCGCUCCGUUACGGGCCGCGUCACUUUAUGUGCCAAACGAGAAGAACGCUUCCAUUUCAGGGAGAGCCAAUGAAAUCGUCCGAAACACGACGACCCGCUCAGCCGUUAGCGGCAGCCGUGGGCUGGCAGGGGGGUUAGCAAUGCUUCCGGCUCCGCGUUCCCCCCUCCGCGGUAUGACCGUGUCCGGGUUUUUACCUCCGUGUCCGGGUUUUUACCUCCUUGUCCGGGUUUUUGCCUCCUUGUCCGGGUUUUUGCCUCCUUGUCCGGCUGCGGCUGGAAAUCAUCGCAAUAUUAGACGCCGGAUUUUACCUUCCCUUCGAUGUUUUGGUUUAAAGUUAGCAUUUUUGUGAAAAUAUUUAUGUUUUAAUGAAAAACAUGUAAAAUCUACUCGUUGCGUUUUGGAUCAUACUAUUUGAAACAAACAGGUAGUGAGGAUUUUCCUUACUUUCCGGGGAAGCUGUAGCUCUAGAGAUGCAGUGCCAGAGUGUCGGCCACUACGAGACAUUACGCCUCUCCACGAGACCGCUCUGCAGUGUCUGAUAUUCACUUCGACCACCAGGACAUCAAGACCUCCGAGUGAUGCCGGAAAAAGCAGCACAAGAGGGCUUUAUCUGCUAAAUCCAGAGUCUCCAACUUUUGUAAGAUGGGGGUUGCUCAUCAUUAGAAAUGGGGGGGGGGCAG